AUGUUGCCAGUAGUGGUGGUCCACGGAGGGGCGGGCCAUAUCCCAAAGGAGCGGUCAGAAAAGUCCACGGAGGGGGUUUGCUCAGCAGUGCGGGCAGGAUAUGUCGUCCUCAAAAGAGGGGGCAGCAGCAUGGAUGCUGUGGUUGAGGCUGUGACCCACUUAGAGAAUAACCCCGCCUUCAACGCAGGCUGUGGGUCAGUGCUAAACGUGAAGGGAGAGGUGGAGAUGGAUGCCAUUGUAAUGGAAGGGAAAACUCUGGGUAGCGGUGCAGUGUCUGCAGUACGCAACAUAGCCAACCCUAUCCAGCUAACCAGGCUGGUUAUGGACAAGACUAGUCAUGCGUGUCUCACAGCGGAGGGUGCCAGUCAGUUCGCCCGGUCCAUGGGUGUCCCUGAGGUGCCCAUGGAGUCCCUCAUCACUGAGUACGCCCGCAUGCGCUGGAGAAAGAACCUCGUACCCGAUGCCAACCCUGUGGAGUGCCAAAUGGGGAAGAUGGGCACAGUCGGAGCAGUGGCAGUCGAUAGUGAGGGCAACGUAGCUUGUGCGACUUCCACCGGUGGAAUGUUAAACAAGAUGGAAGGACGGGUCGGCGACACUCCCUGCAUAGGAAGUGGAGGUUAUGCUGAUAACCAGUCGGGAGCUGUGUCAACUACAGGCCACGGAGAAGCCAUCAUGAAAGUCACACUGGCCAGACUCAUCCUGUUCCACAUGGAGCAAGGUCAGUCAGCGGAGGCUGCCAGUGAUUUGGGCCUGGCCUACAUGAAGUCCAGAGUAUCGGCGCUGGGUGGGGUGGUGACAGUGGACCCACAGGGCCAGUGGGCCGCUCGCUUCUCCAGCCACCAAAUGUCCUGGGCUGCAGCCCAGAAAGACACGCUGCACUACGGCCUGUACGUCGGGGAACACUUCACCCAGGGCAUUGAUGAGCCUCUGUUACAGGGAAUUUAACUCCUGAGCUUUCUAUUUUCAGCAGUGUAAUUCUGUACUGUGCAACCAAAAAAAUCAAGUAUAUGGAUCGUAGUUAAUACUAAUACAAAUCAAAUACUCUACAGUUGAAGGUGCUCUGACUGACAGUCAUUGUGCCAUUGAUUAAAACUGUCUACACACCUUAGCAUAUGGAUAAUCCAACUCCAUAAUCAAAUCACCUGCCAUAGAAAUCUACAAAGUACACUUUGAAGUUUUUGUAUUGCAAAUACAUUGUUGGCCAGACGUGGCCACUGAACAGGUCAAGGAGGUCUGGUACAGUGUAGUUCCUAUACUUUGUCCCUAAAGCGGCAAAAGGUGCUUUUGUUGUUUUUUUUUUAUCUUGUUUGAACAAGUACACCUGACAAACAUAUUUCUGGUGAAUAUCAACAUUAAGACAAUUCAGUCAAAUGUACAAAACUG